CAGCAUGGUAACACAGGGGGAAGAAAGGACAGGACUCCCCCCAUUUCGUCCCUCCCCCGUCUGAGCAUCUCCUUUCCUUACAGCUGAGCCUGAGUGCAGAGAGUCUGAGAGGAGAGAGGGCAGAAGGCACUCCACCACCACUCCCCGGAGUACAAGCAGCAGCGGCUGUAGUAUAAGUGGUGACUGAGUAUUGCAGCAGGUACAGACCAGGGCUCUGCCUCCUCACUGGGGUACCACCUGGCACAGGACUGGGGUUAUCUGGGCACAGAGCUGCAGGGAUUGGAUGUCACUGCUCCUCCCGGGCACAGCUGGGCAUUACCCCCUACACUGCUGCCUAUAGACACCCGGGGGUACCGCGGGACUAGUGACCUGAGCCGGACAAGGUCCCCCUCCCCCCCUACAGGUGCCCGGCGGCAUGCUGCACUCCCGCUGCUGUACCAUGUGCUACUAGUGCUCGGUCAGCGAUCCCUGUGUCGGCGUGCACUCUCCCUCCCGGGCAGCGGCUAUGGACCCCGGCGUGGAAGUGUCUGUGUGGCCGGCCACCAGCUGCAGGAGCCUCCGGCAGGAGGAUGACAAGGGAACGGUGCAGGGGCUGCAGGCGGAGAUGGAGGAGUUCCGGCGCGGCGUGGAGAGGCAGCUGGACGACGUGCUGAGGCUGGCGGGGCCGCUCUCCCGCUCCGUCACCGACCUGCAGGGCGAGAACCGGCGGCUGCGGGAGCAGGUGGAGGCGCUGAGCCGCCAGGUGGAGGCGCUGAGCCGGGCGGCGGGGCUGAGUGGCGGGGAGGGGCAGGCCAGGUACUCCAGCCAUGCUCUGCUCUCCGUGUCCGGGAAACUGGCAGCUCAGAGCGUGAUGCCAGAGGCGCACAUCGAUGUGGAUGCUACAAAACCAGUCAGCAAUCCAGUUGUCGAAAACGGACACCGACCUCUGCCUGCAGAUGCCGUCUCGGUUGCCCCCACCCUUCCAACGCAGGAGCACUCGCCAACAGUGUCUGUCAGAAAGCCACACAUGCCUGUCACCGCAGUAACAAAAGGAUGUGGAGAGGCUAACUCCAGCACCCCCAAUGGCAACCUCCGUGCCCAAACACCGGAGCCCAAGAGUCCCCUGGAAAUGUCCCCAAAGCAAAGUACUACACAAGGUGCUGUCAGGACAUGGAAUGCUAGCGUUGUCAGGACAAUGGGUGUAACUGCAAGCUCUGAAAAAACCAUUGCUACCAAAACUGCUCAGAGUUACAGUAUGACAAGUGCCGCAGUAAUCAGUGAAAGCACGGACAGAUAUUUUGAUGUUACUCCAAAAUCCCAGUCCCCGCCGCCUGCUCUGAGUCGCCAGGCGGAGAAGAAACGCGAGUUAGUAAGGUCACAGACACUUCCAAGAUCCUCUGGCACUCAAGUUCGGAAAGCUUUCUUUGAGAAGUUUGAACAAGACAGUGGCAAAGCCAAGGGUGAAUCCAAGGUGACGCUGAAAAGGUCUCAGAGUUUUGGCGUUGCCAGCGCCAGCAGCAUUAAACAGAUCCUCCUGGAAUGGUGCCGAUCCAAAACCAUUGGCUACAAGAACAUUGAUCUACAGAACUUUUCAUCCAGUUGGAGUGAUGGAAUGGCUUUCUGUGCCCUUGUCCAUUCGUUCUUCCCAGAAGCUUUUGACUAUGACGCUCUGGUGCCUUCAAACCACAAACAGAACUUUGAACAAGCUUUCUCCACAGCUGAGAAAAUGGCGCACUGCGACCGGCUGAUAGAAGUUGAGGACAUGCUUAUGAUGGGCAGGAAGCCGGACCCCAUGUGUGUGUUCACCUAUGUCCAGUCUCUCUACAACCACCUGCGACGCUUUGAGUGACCUCCCAGCUGACACUCCUUGUUCUAGUCAUGGUUUCCCAGUGACUGCCCAAACAACCAUCCCCCCUCUUUAUCACAGCAGCUUUGACAGCAGAAGACACACCAUCCAUCUCUCCUCUGUUGACACAGUGGCCUGCCUCAGGCAGCGACAGCUGAGAGACAGAUAAUGCAGGAAUGUGCAUAAGGUGCUGGGGACACUCUAUUUUUAUAAAACCAUUUACAGUUAAUGCUCUGCAGAGGUGGAGGUGGGUGUGUUGGUUUUGUCACCUCUGGAGUUGUUUUGACAACGCUUGCAGUCUGAGUGAUGUCCUGGUGGCUCAUUGUCUAGCUAUCUGAAUCACACCAAGCCUGUGCCGCAGGAAGCAGACAAUGAAAUGGAGCAGUACAAAGCAAGAGACACAGACUCACAGUAGGGAGCCAUUGGUGUGACGGUCACUAUGGUGCUAUCAGACAGAGCCACUUGCGCUCAUGAAAGUGGAUGGACUGUGCCUGUUUUUGUUUUGUUUUUUGUUUUUAUACAAAGUGAUGUUUUUGCUUACUAGGUCUUAGCGCUGUUUUCCUUUGCGUUCUGUUGCCUUCUACCCUGGGGAGUAUGGACUGUGCAUGCCUCUUCCAGGUUGGAUUGAUGCAGAUUGACAGCUGUUCAAGGGCAUGGUCUUCCCUGUGUCCUGUUACUUAUUUGAUUUUAGUCAAUACACCCUGGGAUAAAAGUGAUCUAAAACAUGAACCAAAGAAUGAGAAGUCUAGGUGCAGAUUUAACAACCAGUGAUAUUUUUGUUAUCACUCGUUACGAAUACUAAAUGGUGCUCCAACCAAUCCGCUCCUUACUGUCCUUUUUCAAACACGUGCCAGUUAGGAGCUGAUUGGCUGGAGCACCAUUUAACAUUUGUAACGAGUGAUAACAAAAAUAUCACUGGUUGUUAAAUCUGCCCCUUUAUCUUUUUACGCUCCAGAGCCUAAUAUCCCAGUGUUGGUCUCCAAUUCUUACAUCAUUAUAUAAUUUGUAAGUAAUGGUGACAAAGCAUAAGGCUUCAUUGGUUCCUGGCUUCAGCUCCUUGACGUCUUCAAUCCAGAAUGCUAACAUAAACAAAUACAUAAGAAUGUUUUAAAGAUCUGUCCUAUCACAUGACUGUCACAUAUCUAUUUCUUCUCCGUGCUAAAGUGUUAGAAGGUUGAUAACUGGCUCAUGUUAUGGACAAUUAUUUUAGAAUUCGUUUUUGCUUUCUUCCUGUUUUUAAUAUUGCAUGUUUCAUUUAGUCUAAUAGGCCCUACACACUGAGCGAUAAAAGUCAAAGAUAUAAAUGAGCUCGUUCAUUAAUGAACGAGAUACCGUUCAUAUCUUUGAGUGUGGAGGCACCAGCGAUGAACGAUGCGCGGCCCCGCGCUCGUUCAUCGCUGGUGUCCCGUCGGCUGUGCAUGCAGGCCAAUAUGGACGAUCUCGUCCAUAUUUGCCUGCGCUGCUAAGGAGCCAGGUGACGGGGGUGUGAAUAAACUUCACUCCCCCCGCCGCCGGGUUGGCCGUCUCCGCCGUCGGGCAGCUCGGCGGCAGAUCGUUAAAUGUGUAGGUCCCUUAAGAAUGAUGGUACUUCUGUCCUGAACAUGUUGAACUCAUGUUCUCAAAUGUUAUUCAUGCUGCUUUCCCAGUGAUAUUACAAUGGGGGAUAAACAUGACUUUGUCAGUAUGGGUCUGUAAUGGUAGGUCAAGUAUAAUAUUAAUCUUUAUACAAUCAAAUUUUAACUGAUCAAAUUAAAUUUGUGAUGAGACACCAUGUUCAGUAAAAAAAAAAAAAAUCCUUAACAAACCAAAUGUGCUCCUGCAGUUGUACAGGUUGAGUAUCCCAUAUCCAAAUAUUCCGAAAUACGGAAUAUUCCGAAAUACGGACUUUUUUGCGUGAGAGUGAGAUAGUGAAACCUUUGUUUUUUGAUUACUCAAUGUACACAAACUUUGUUUAAUACACAAAGUUAUUAAAAAUAUUGUAUUAAAUGACAUUCAGGCUGUGUGUAUAGUGUAUAUGAAACAUAAAUGAAUUGUGUGCUUAGAUUUAGGUCCCAUCACCAUGAUAUCUCAUUAUAGUAUGCAAUUAUUCCAAAAUACGGAAAAAUCCGAUAUCCAAAAUACCUCUGGUCCCAAGCAUUUUGGAUAAGGGAUACUCAACCUGUACUUACAGUAUAUUGAAUUUUUAAUGCGCUGAUAUAUUUUUCUACUGUCAUUUGGCAAGCAUCAAUAUGGGUUAGGGAAAGUUGGUUUAUUGAACAGCCUCUUGUAAAGCUUGCUGUGACAGGCUGGUGGGGAUGAGGUGGUGUCGGAUUGCUUUUUGUUGACUGCUGAUAAGAAAAUAUUGGCAGUUCGACGCUUUUGUGGUUAUGAAAACCAAAAAGGGCAAUUGUGAGCAAUUAGCGAGAGUAUCUAACCGGUGUACACGUCGCUCAAUAAAUAUGUACUGGGGGGUGGGAACAGACUAUGGGGUCUAUUUACUAAGCCUUGGAGUGGACAAAGUACCAGCCAAUCAGCUCCUCACUGCCAUGUUGCAGGCUGUGUUUGAAAAAUGUUGGUUAGGAGCUGGUUGGCUGGCACUUUAUCUCCGUCCAUUUUAUCUCCAUCCAAGGCUUAGUAAAUUGAAAGUCUAUUCAUGCUACUCAUUCAGUGCAAAGAGUGGAGAAGUUGCCCAUGGCAACCAAUGUUGAAGUAACAUUUUUAAAGUGCACUCUAAAAAAUUAUACGUAGCAGCUGAUUGGUUGCCAUCGGCAACUUCUCCACUGGCUCACUUCUCCACACUUUUCACUGCUUCAUGUAUAGACCCCUAUAAACCUCCCACAAAAGAGAAUCCCCUUUAUAAAGUCCUUCUUUUUGUGGCUACGUUUGUUCCUCAUUCCUAUUUCAUGACAAAUUUGUAACCACUUGCAAGAUAGUCAUACGGCUAUAACUGUAAUACAGUGUGACCUCUAGCCCAUCAGCAGCUGUAAUGUCUAAUAUCCACAGAUUCCGCUAUAUAAAGGUGCGUGGCCCUUUUAUUUGGCACAUGAGCAAUGUCCCUCAACAAACCUCACUUUAAAAAUACAAAAGAGAAUAUAGUCUGCAAAAACACACCACUAAUCCACUCAUUUUUUAUUUUUCUACAAACCAAAUAAAUGUGAAGUUCUAAAAUUGUUUACAUCUGGUUUCAAGAAUUUACGAUUAACCAUUGAGUACCAAGUCCUUUAGAUACAGAAUAUCCUGGUAAGAAGAUAGCAGUCAAAUGCUGAUAUUAUAGCUUGUAUCCUAUGAGGAUCUAGUACCAAAUCCUAGUUAUUAAUAGAUUAUCACCAGGAGAAGUGUUAACCUGGGGCUCUUCAGAUAAUGGACAGGCCUGUCACCUUCGCUAUGUAACUAUCACUGUAACACUGCUGGCACUCUCAGAGGAUGUGCCCUGGGCUAGAUGCAGUAAAUUAAGACCUAUCCAGUGUGUAAUGGGUUAAGUGGUCCCUGUAGCUUUUCACUUACUAAGUCCUAGGGAGAAAGGCAAUGCUUUGGAAACAGGACACCGAGAGUCUGGGGGAUAUUAAUAGAAUUGCUUAGAUAUACAUCUGUCAGCAGCUGUGAUUGUGGGGAGUCAAGUGACUAGAAGCAGCCUCCUGUUUGUUUCUCAGGCGUCUUGUUGCCCUGGUUGGAGGAAUCUGCUCAUGUCAUUUAUCCAGGUUACCAGCAAGAUACUGAUCUCGUCCUACUUUAUUCAAGUACAGUGUACCUGUCACUAUGGGCAAUCAGUCACUAGUUAUCCAAAGGGUUAGCCGCAUGUUCCAGAAAUGCUUACGUUUGUGGUUCCCAUUACACCUUGUAUCUGCCAGAAGACUGGACUGUAAUUUUGUAAUUAUUCCUAUACAGUCAGCUGUUAAAUAUAUCCCCUUUUAUGCAAUGCGUUUUUUGGAGGGGGUUGUUUGAAAAGUCAUUCACCCACAGAAUCUAUCUUACGGCUAACACAGUGACCUCUUCUGUAUUGUCUGUGCCUAGGAUAAAGCUGAUCUUGUACUAAAGGGCUGCUUAGCUUCUCUUCAAACAUCAAACAAGUCAUAGUUCUGUUAUUUUUUCCCUAUGUGACUAUUUCUUACGGACAAGCGGGUUUAUGGCAACAAUCCCAAACUGUAGGGUUAUUUUCUUUUAAACGUGUAUUUUGUCAUUUUUUCUUAUCCUCCUGUUCUGUCUCUGGAGGACAAAUAAGUAUGGCUGCCACAAGGUCACAGCAUGUCAUGUGAUGGUAAAAGGAAGAGCCUGUCACAGAGCACAAACUUGAGGAGAGGUUUGAGAAAAUGUUCUUGUUUAAAAAUGAUACCCCCCUACCACCGUACCUUGAGGGAAGCGGUUUAAAAUACUGGUAGUCGGAAUCCCGGCGGUCACAAUGCCGAUGCCGUAAUCCCAACUAGGGGUAAAAUCCCGCUGUCGGAAUACCGGCGCCACAGGCUAUUCUCCCUCUGUGGGUGUCCACGACAAUUCGCAGAGUGGCGAGCGCAGCAAGCCUGCAACGGGCUUUCUAGCACUUGCCCCGCUGCCGGCAUACUGGUGGCCGGGAUGCCAGUAACUCAUACUGAACCCCUUUUAGAGAUAAAUAUUAGAUAUUGGGCCUCAUUCCUAGUUGAUCGCACGCUGCCGAUUAGCGCAGAGAUCAGGUUACUACUGUGCAUGCACCGCAAUGCGCAGGCGCGUCGUACGGGUACAAACAGCAUCGUUGCUGUGCAAUGCUUCUAGCGACAAUUCCAUUCACAAAGCCGUUUGCAAGGAGAUUGACAAAAAGAGGGCGUUAGUAGGUGUCAACUGACCGUUUUCUGGGAGUGAUAGGGAAAACGCAGGCGUUUGCAGGGCGGGUGUCUGACGUCAAUUCCGGGACUGGACAGGCUGAAGUGAUCGCAGCGGCUGAGUAAGUUCAGAGCUACUCAGAAACUGCCCAAAACUUUUUGUCCCGCCCGGCUGCACAUGCGAUCGCACACAUGCAAAGCGAAAAUAUACUCCCCCGUGGGCAGCGUUUGCACAGCUGCAAAAAGUAGCUAGCGAGCGAUCAACUCGGAAUGAGGGCCAUUAUAUCAUAUCUCAAACUAAUAGAAGCAAAUAUGUUCCUAAUAUAUAAUCAGAUUCUACAGCCAUUGUUAAAGUUAAUGUAACACAAUGAACUGGGGUUUUUUUUUUCUCUUGUUGGUUUUCUAUAAAAAGUAAAUUUUCACAGCAGUGAAACGGGGUGAUGUACCUCAGGGAUGAAAGCCUUCUAGAUAAUGUGAUUUUCAAUGAAUGCAAGAGAGGAUCUGGGGCCACCUUGUGGUCAUGAUGUUUAUUGUGUAGUAUUAACGGCAUUUAUUUCAGUUCAUUACCUAUGGCGAUAGUUAUCAUCUGUGGGGGGGUUUUGGAGAAGUUUAAGUAUUCAGAAUAUCUCAGAGAAAUCACUUUAUACCCAUGGGAGUGGUGAUACUGGUGUCUUACUUGUGUUUUGUAUUGUAUGCUGAACACAAUGUAGUGGCUCACCGUAAUAUACAGUAGUACUGUAGGUGGCUAGGUGUGAUGCAUUGAAUUCCCCUGUAGUUCUGGCUACACGGUAGGAGCAGUAGUCCUAUGUGGGCCAGAGAGCUGCAGGCAAGGUUUAGUUCUCCACAUUCAUAUUUCCCAACAUUUUAAAAUCCUUUCUGGCGAGCAGAUGAACUAAUGGGCCCUACACAUAUGGCGAUGUGCCGUCGAGGGGGGGAGGGAGUGAAGUUUGCCCCCAUUACACCCCCCCCCCACCCCCAUCACCCGGCUCCAUAACAGUGCAUGCUAAUAUGGAUGAUAUUGUCCACAUUGGCCUGCAUGCAUAAGCGACGGGGCACCAACGACAAACGAGCGCGGGGCCGCGCAUCAUUAAUAGUUAGUGCCUACACACUGAACGAUUUGAACGAGUUCUCGUUUAUUAAUAAACGAGAAUGUUCAUAUCGUUCAAUGAAAUCUGCCAGUGUGUAGGGCCCUUACUUUGUCCUACACUGUACUGAUUUGGUGAAUUAAAUAUGCAGCACAAUCCCUGCCACACAAUGUUUAAUAAACGUGGAUAUCAUUUGCAUGUUUAAUGUUUGUUAUGAAUAAUUAUUACAUUUAGAUGUCCCAGAGUAUGAGCAGAAAAACAGGACAUUGCCUUAAAUGUAUAAAAUGACAAAUAGCGACAUUUCCAGAGGCAAAGAUAUAAAUGGAUAAAUCUUUAAAAUCUUCAAACCUUGUAUGUUUGGAGUUUGUGAAACUUAUGACUAUUUUGUGAAGCCUUGCUUAGGAGACUAGUUUUAAUUCUCAUUUAAGUAAAAGCAUUUUUUUUAUAAUUAUAUUUAGGCUUUUGAUCAUCUCCCCUCUGUUCUUUAUUAUGUUUACCAUCUGUAGACCGUUUAUUCACACACACAAACUUUUUUUUGUAUAUUAAAAGCAUAGCUUAUCUUAUUUUAUAUAUAUAUUUUUUUUUCAUCUGUGUUGAAGACUUUUAUUGAUGAGGGUAGGGCUAAAGCCAUCUUAACGUAUAGGCACACUGGGCAGCUGCCUUGGGCCCCACAUUUCUAGAGGCCUUGAAGCAUAGGCGGGUGGUGGUCACACAGUCAGAGCGGCUAGGCAACAUUCUCUACCUACCUCCCAGCCUGCAGUCAGACAGUGAAUGGCUGACUGUAUGAUGGCUGUAGCCAUCCACCAAUCAGAGUGCUUACAGCCAUUCACUGUAUGAGGGCAUGUGGAGAGGCAGCGCAGGACCGCAGAGGAGUAUUUUAUAAAAAAAAUCAAUUAUUUCUCAUGAAUGAGUGUGUAGGGCUGCUAGUGCAUUACUUUGCCCAGGUCCUACAAUGCUGUUAAGGCGGCCCUGUGUAAAGCCAUACUUUUUACAGAUAAUUUUAAUAAGGUGGCAGUAAUACUGUAUGUAACAAACUCUCACAUGACAAAUCUUCAGCAAUCUACUAUUACUCACUAACUCCAUGUUUCCUAUGUUUGUCAUCCACCAACAGGCACAAAUGUACAAUCUGUGUAAUAGACCUAUUUCUUAGGAGAGGGCAGCCGGCCUGUCUGAGUAGAAGCCUGUUUUCUGCAAAACCACGCCGAACGCCAAAUCUGCAUCAGUCUUAUCUGAGACAAUUCACCAUGUAUUAUUUUCUAAUCUCCCAGGAGCACCAAAUCCAAUUUUGUGAAUUGCAUUGUAACAUUUUAAAUAUGUCUUAGCAUUAAGUUUUAAACGUGCACUGAACCAUUUUAAAUUAUCCACCACUGAAAGAAAAGCUUGUUUAGUAAUAUAUUAGGCGUCACAUUGGUUCUAUAUUUAUCGCACCAUGUUGCCUAUUGCUGGGGAUGCCUAAGCAUUAUAAUCAUUUUGAAAGCAAAAAUUAUAAAGUUUUUUGAUAUGUUGGUAGUAACAUAAACAAUGUUUUUUUAAAGUGUCAGUUGUGAAAAUAUUUGUUUUGAAUUGUAAGUAGUACAGUUACAAUUUCAAUAUUUUUUAUUAAAAUAAGCAUGUAUCUGUGAGAUUCUUAUCUUUUACGUGACGUUGUUUGUAGUAACGCUGAUCUGACCAUUCAGUACUGGAAAUUAGGGGGAGAUGUACUAAGCUGUGAAAAGAGUAGAGAAGUGGGCCAGUGGAGAAGUUGCCCAUGGCAACCAAUCAGCUGCUCUGAAUAUUUUUUAUAGUAUGCAAAUUAGAAAUGUUACAUCAAUGCCGAUUGGUUGCCAUUCGCAACUUCUCCACUGACUCACUUCUCUCUUUUUCACUGCUUAGUACAUCUCCCCCUUAGCCUAUGACAGAAUGGGGUGAGGUAGAAACAUGUCAUUGUGGUCUUAUAGUACACGGAAAAAAUACUUUGUUGUCAACGGUCCGUAAAAUUCUUUACAGGUGUCAAUGGCCAUGACUGAGAUUUCAGGAAACAAAUACUUCCCUUUUACAUGAGUGUCUUCUACCCGUAGCCCCAGGGCGGCCCACAGUGCUCUGUAAUAGGCAGAAAAUACAUUUUUGCAUGAAAGGACGUAACACCAAAGAUAAUAGGAAAAUUAAAUUGUAAUGGUUCCCCAGUUAGUGAGAUUUACCCAGAAUGCAUUGUAAAAUAAAGUAUUAUCAACUUUUAUAGUGUCUGCUGUUAAGCUGAGAUUUUAUGGAUGUAUAGACCUGUUUGUACAGCGGUAUUAAAGUUUAUUAAAAGGAAAAAAAAACUGUGGCUGAGCUGUCAUUAACCAUGUUCUACCAUUGUGGUGUGUCCUACCUUAGUCCUAACCACAAAAUAUACAUGUUAAUACAGUUUUCUGUUUUGUA